CUCGCCGGCGUUUGUUGAUGACGUCGCCGCGGUGCCCGGAGGAGGGAGUGGCCGAGGCCGGUCUCGUCGUGAUGAGCAGUGCACCCUCCCGGGAGCAAGGCGGAAGCGCACGGGAAGCCGUAGGGCGGAGGCGGGAGUGGCGAGGGUCGCGAUGAGUGGGUUCGGCCGGCUCUUCGGGAGGGGGAAGAAGGAGAGGGGGCCAACUCCUGAAGAGGCAAUACAGAAACUGAAGGAGACAGAGAAGAUAUUGAUCAAGAAACAGGAAUUUCUGGAGCAGAAGAUUGAACAGGAGCUACAAACUGCCAAGAAGCAUGGGACCAAGAAUAAAAGAGCCGCCCUACAGGCUUUGCGAAGGAAGAAAAGGUUGGAACAGCAGCUGGCACAAACCGACGGGACAUUAUCCACCCUGGAGUUUCAGCGUGAGGCCAUUGAGAAUGCCACCACCAAUGCAGAAGUGCUUCGUACCAUGGAGCUUGCUUCCCAAGGCAUGAAGAAGGCCUACCAGGACAUGGACAUUGACAAGGUGGAUGAACUGAUGGCUGAUAUCACAGAACAACAGGAGGUGGCCCAGCAGAUCUCAGAUGCCAUUUCUCGGCCAGUGGGCUUUGGAGACGAUGUGGAUGAGGAUGAACUGCUGGAGGAACUAGAGGAGCUGGAGCAGGAGGAAUUGGCCCGAGAAUUGUUACAUGUGGGCGAAAAGGAAGAGGAACCCCCAGUCACACUGCCCAGUGUACCCUCUACACAUCUGCCUGCAGGGCCAGCUCCCAAAGCGGGUGAAGAUGAAGAAGAACUAAAGCAGUUGGCUGAGUGGGUGUCCUGAUGAGUCUGGGCUGUCUACCUGAUGCUGCCUUCGUUGUUCUCUUUUCCUUAAGUGCCAAGUGCUGAGCUAAAGGAACAUGGCCUUGUUGGGAGGUCCAGCUGAGGAUGGUAGUGUGACCCUGCCUGAGAAAAGGGUCUGUUGCCUUCCCAUUCCUGGCUCAACCCUGAAGAAGGAUCUUGGUGCAGGAGGAGCCCCCGGGCUCCCUUUGAUAGCAGUUACAGUGCCUCAUUUGCAAUAAAAUUGGGCAGAUGGAA